AUGUUGCUCGCUCUCGUACCAUUGUGCUUCUUCCUGAUCAACGUAGAGGCUCGCAAUAGAUGCCCUACCUACACAGCAAACGAAGAGUGGUACUCGCUGUUCAAUCGGUUCCUCAACCCUAAUCUGAUAUGGGACGCAGGACUUUCUAGUGACGCUUGUAAUGAAGCAAGAGGUGUUGUACCCUCUAAUGCGCCUCAUAAAUUCAAGGCAGAAAAAACGUUCACGAAAGGCGGAUCAGUCCCUCUCAUGAUUGCACUAACCCUACAGGAUGGUUUGGGAAACGAAACACAAACCGAGAAUGUACGCAACCUUCCUGCACGCACCAGGUAUGGAUGUGGUACUCGCCGUUCAAUCGGUUCCUCAACCCUAAUCUGGUUGGUGUUUUGA